AUGGCAUGUGAUUUCUUCAACGAGACGGCCCCUGAACCCAACGACCGACCGACGACCUCCGAGGCCUUUUGGGGCAUCACGCUGGAAGACGGCGGUUCCGACCUGGGAGAUGACCAGGAGUAUUCCUCACAGCACUUCUACAAGCACAAGCACAAGCAGCAGCCACAAAGAGAGGCGCCCUUGGCUGCUCUACAUGCAGCCACGUCCGUGCCGUUGGCCGACCUCAAAGAGGCCUGUGCCAUCUUCGAGCGCUUCGCACAGGUGGACUCGGAGGAUAUCACGAACGCCAGCAUGGACAUGCGAGACUUCGAGUGGCUCGAUGGAGGAUGGAGUGGAUCGAGCGACCGGUGGACCUGGAUCGGUCCCUAUCCGAUUUUCCGGAGGCCGAAGAAUACCCCGGAGAGCGCAGCUCCGCCGGAGCCGCCCAGGUCACUUCUGUGCCACAUCACCGGAGUGCAGAAUGUGAAGGAGCUGGAGCAAGAGUUUGUGAAGCAAGCUUUCUAUGCUGCUGACAGGGAUCCUUGGGACGCCUUCAGUUGUUUUGCUGCAUCCUGGAGGAAGUACUCGGCCUUUAGCUUCAGCGAGGCCGUGUGUGUGAACAAGUUCGCGCGCGAGACCAGGGAUGUGGCGCGGAAGCACGGCAUGAGCAUCCUCAACAUCGAACGUUUCGCGGCUGCGCUUCGGGUGGAGUGCGGAGCCGGUUCCGCCGACUGUUGCUGA